GACACGUACUCAUGUCGGCUCAUUGUGCUUGUAUGAAAGCUCUUUGAUCCGCUGCUCUGCAUUGACGGGGGAUCAAAGUGUCACCAACAGCAGCUCCCUCUUAAUCUAAGCAAUCAGCUGGAAAUUAUAUCAGUUGUCCUUUCAUCGACGUUCUGCCCACAGCCCCUCUUUUCUCCUCCUGGUGAAUGCAGAAGGGGGCAGAGCAGAGGAAAGAGAGGGAUGCUGGAGAGGGAGGAGAUGAAAACAGGAGCCGGGGCUAGCGUGAGCAGCAGAGGUCACCGGGGAUGGAAAGCACGCACACAUGCAGCAGGCGCAGCAUGGAUGCAGCGUUUUGGUGCAGCAGCAGCAGCAGAUCAGGUUGUCCUGGCUCCUGCAGACRCUUCAYGGGACGCUGAGGACGAGCUCACCAUUAUGCCGGUCUCCAUGGUAACCGAGUCCCACCAGUUAACGGACUGGCCUGCGGUUUCCGAGGCGCCGCCGGCUGCCAACCUCACGGAGCUGGAGCGGGACCCCCUGCUGGCCGCGGCGGAGGUGGUGGUUCUGGCCGUCAUCCUGCUGCUGGCGCUGGUCGGGAACGGGCUGGUUCUGGUGGUUCUGCUGCGGCGGAGGCAGAACCACAGCCCGCUGCACCAGUUCAUGCUGAACCUGUGUGUGGCUGACCUGGUGGUGGCGCUGUUCCAGGUGUUGCCUCAGCUGGUUUGGGACGCCAGGGGGCGCUUUCCAGGCCCAGACUUCCUGUGCCGCCUGGUGAAAUACCUCCAGGUUCUGGGGAUGUUCGCCUCUUCCUACAUGAUUGUGGCCAUGACCRUAGAUCGCCACUAUGCGAUCUGCUGCCCCCUGCAGGCGCACCGCAGUGGUGCAACAAAGCGCUGGAACACGCUCAUWUUGCUGGCGUGGAGUCUCUCCCUGCUGCUCAGCUUUCCACAGGUUUUCAUCUUCUCCCGUUCUGAAGUGGCGCCAGGCGUCUACGAAUGUUGGGGACACUUUGCCCAGUCCUGGGGCCUCAAAGCCUACAUAACAUGGAUGACCCUGGCCAUCUUCAUCAUCCCCGUCCUCAUCAUCACUUUUUGUCAGGUGCGCAUCUUCAAGGAGAUUCAUCAGAGUUUGUACAGGAGAUCAGAGCGCCGCCUGUCCCCCACUCCUCUUCCUCUAUCCAGACAAGACAGCCAGAGCGGAGGAGGAAGAGGAGGAGGAGGAAGGUCUGGCCUGCCGGUUUACGUCUCACCUCUCACCUUCAACAACCCUGGGAGGCCCAACACCUCUGAUGGUGGAUCGGCCCUUCAGAUGAGUCCGGUCCGGUCCGGCAGCGCGUCUUCACAAACAAACAGCAGCUGUGCUGCGCCCUCUGYUGUUGGCUCCACACMCCCCCACAAAGCCCCAGUGGCCAGGGGUGGAGAGGUGACCGCUGCCAUGUCAAAAACGGUUAAGAUGACCCUGGUCAUUGUUCUGGUCUACUCCAUCUGCUGGGCCCCGUUUUUCAGCGUGCAGCUGUGGGCCGCCUGGGACCCCGACCCGCCUCAGAGAGACACAGCGUUCACGCUGCUGAUGCUGCUGGCCAGCCUGAACUCCUGCACCAAUCCCUGGAUCUACUCCGCCUUUUCCAGCAGCGUUUCUCCGGAACUGCGGCUGCUGCUGUUCUGCCGGAAGCCUCCGCAUCGACGAGGCUCUUUCCCCAACGACUCCACGGCCACUCACACCUCCAACUCCUGACGGUCCAGCACUCCUCAGUCAGCGGCCGAGUUAAUCACCUGAAUAGCUAAGCCUGCAGUUUGUGACUUUUACAUGUUUGGAAAAAAUAUGUAAAAUACACGUAUGCGUGGUCGUUAAUAGUAAUAACAACCACUUAUACUAAUAAUUAAAUCAGUCUUCUGUGUGAGAACCGUUGACGUCCCCAACGGCGCCCCGCAUGCGCACAUAAAGAACUUUGACGUCACGCUCUGUUUGCGGAAGUAUUAACGGAUGGAGCGGUUUAUGGAUCGAUUUUAAAUUUUAACGAAAACAUUUUUUUUUCGCUUCACACGAGUCACGUGAUCAACUGCUAGGUGUUACUACUGGCAAAAACGAUGAAGAUAACAGGAAGUGAUAGGUUUACAAAGUUGCUGCCAUUUUUAUCGGGUGAACAAGCUAAUGGAAACAGCAACUGCAGAAUUGUGUCGCUUCAACAUCAGCAGAAUGGCAAAAUAGACUUGCGUUUGUAAUGGAAACGUAGCUACUGACAGAGACGUCUUUCCUAAAUUCAUAGUCUUUAGACAUUGUUUACAUCUGGUAAAUAUGAUUUACCGUCCGCAUCUGGUUUCUUCUGGUGCAGAAUUAUGCAUGUCUCAUGUCGGUAAGAUAAAAGUCAGAUAAGCGACAUGACCAGACAAUAGAUGCUUUGAAAACAAUUUGACAGUAUCCAAAUCAGUUCGGAUAUGGGGUUUUUUUGUGGGUGAAAAGAUAGGAAUUGGGCCGUUCAGAAUGAGGCGUCUUUUUAAGAGGGGUGCAGAUUUUGGUUGCAUUUCCCUCCUAUUUGAAUUGAUCAAAGUUUUGGUGGCAUGUUAAAAGGUGUGAAAUGUUGAAAAUCCACCUAGAGAAAAGUCAAAGCCGUUAGAAAGAGGAAACCUAGUUUCUAGUCAAUUAUUUUUUAAGUUGAUUUACAUGAGAUUCCCACAGUGAAAUGUCUAUAUUUUCACAGAAUCAGGGAUUAGAUUAGGUAACCCAAUGAUUUCCCUGCAACUUGUGUAAAAAAGGAGAUUCAGCUAACCAGUGGAUAAAGUAAUCUUUUGACCCUAUAUGGAAAUGCAUGAAGUCAAACUUUUGACUAAAACAAAGUAUGCUCAAGUUUAAAAACAUGCAAAUGUAAACAUCCACUCAGAACUGUUUGAGUUUAUAUGUAGACCCAAUGGGGUCAGAUACUCAUUUUAAUAACUGUUCAUUUUUUAAAUAAAAAGAACUCAAGUGUGUUUAAGUCAUAAAAGCCAUUUAUUCAUGAUCAACCAGAAACACACAAAACAAUGAAACUCCCACUGCAACUAAGAGAAUAAACUUUCCAGAUAAGUAACAAGUAUUUGUUCGCCAUCUCGAAACAUACACACAAAAAAGGUGCUGUGGCCAAAUACAGUACCGUUCAACAAAAAAAAAA